UUGAGUCGAGUUAUACGCCACAUUGGACGUCCCACCGAGACUUGGCACGAUCGACUGGAAGACGUUGCCUACGAGCCUGAGUUAGUGCAAGAACCCGAAUUCGACCUACCUUCACCGGUAUACGCCAAAAAGGGGCGAUGUCGAGCGACGGUGACAACGCAGCUGGCGAGGAAGAGACACGUGGCCAGACUAUUGAACUCUAGACGCUUAACAGCGAGUCUUGUGGCGCGGAUAGCGACUGGAUUAGGGUUGCCUAGAGCACUCUCGACAGAUGGUAGAAGGAAAACUCGCGGAAGAGGAAACGUCAGGUCGCGGUGGUGGAAACGGCGCGAGGUCCGUUUAUCAAGCUCUUGGACGAAGAUGGGGUGUUCCUGGAAGUACCACCGAGCGGAGAAGGAAACGGAGAGGAGCUGGGGACUGGCGGAGAAGACGAAAGUCCCGGUGGGCGGGGCGGCGGUGGUGGUGCGCCGAAAUCUCCAACGACAGUUGCACUCGAGGAGUCGGAGCGUGCACUCGUCUCCGCACGUGCUCAUGCAGCGAAGGUGGAAGCACACCUGGAGCGGGUGGCGCGUCGGAACACCGAACUCACGGAUGAGGUGAGAGAAUUAGAUAAGAAACUGGG